UUUGAAAACGACUUUCAGCUGGCAAAAAUAAUUUUCUAGACAAAGAUAAGAAAUGGCUGUUGCUUAUUUUAGAGGAAACUUAAUAUAUAUUGUAUGUUGGGCUGCAUUUUUUAUCACGAUCAUGAUGUAUCUGACUGACGAAGACAUUGACACGGGGAUAAUCAAUAGUGAUUCAAACGCUACUUUGAAUGGACAGAGUGAAAUUUCCCGGAUGUUUAAGCAGCACAUUGUAUGCGAGAAAGGAAUCAACCUAACUGUGAUCACAUUAAACCUGACGAGUCAACAUGAAAAGGGGAUCCCUGUAUCAAAAGUACCAGAUGUUAGUUGUCCUGGUAUACUACAAAAUAACAAAGAUGCUAUUCAGCAGGCAAUUGACGAACUAAAUGCCACUGUAAAAGUUGGCGUUGCGCCGACGGUUUACAAAAACCUAACUAAUUCUUGCAUUGAAUUCCAUCAAACAAGGCGGUACAUUAUGAAACCUACAUCCAAAUUGGAAUUCGACUUUCCAAUCGCUUUUGAUAUUAUAAUGUACAAAGAUAUAGAACAAAUGGAACGGUUACUCAGGGCGAUAUAUCGUCCUUGGAAUUACUAUUGUAUACAUGUUGACCAAAAGUCAGGCAGCGAGCUGUUUGAAGGUGUUCAAGGGAUCGCAUCAUGCCUACCUAACGUCGAAACAGCAUCAACACGUAUUGGUGUACGUUGGGGCGCUUUUAGCGUUUUAAAUGCAAACUUAAUAUGUAUGAGAGACUUGUUCAAGAAAAAGAAAUGGAAAUACUACAUCAAUUUAACUGGGCAGGAGUUUCCAAUGAGAACUAAUCUUGAAUUGGUUCAUAUUCUUAAGGCGUUCAAUGGUUCAAACAAUAUGAAAGGAACCGUCGAAAAAGCAGUUUCCCGACGUUGGGGUCGUCAGGCUGGUCUUGAGAAGCUACAAUUAAAUAUGACAAUGACGAAGGGAGAGGUCCAUAUAGUUGCUACAAGGAACUUUGUAGAUUUCGUGCUCCAUAGCAAUAUCUCGAAAAUAUUUUUAGAAUGGGUGAAAGGCACUGCAAUUCCAGAUGAAACGUUUUUCACAGCACUGAACCAUAAUCCACAAUUGGGAGUUCCAGGUGCUUAUAAAGGUAUACCAGAAACAAAUUUUCAUUCGUAUCCAUUUCUUGCACGAUGGAAACAUUGGGCCAAUAGACACUGGUAUCCAAACGGCCCUUGUAACGGUAAAUGGAAUAAAGCUAUAUGCAUUAUGGGAAUACGAGACCUCCAUUAUAUGGCAACGGACCCGCAUCUCUUUGUGAAUAAACUGCAUUUGAGUUUUCAGCAUUUUGCACUAGACUGUUUAGAGCAACAUUACUUUCAGAGGGUUUUAAGAGAGUAUGAAACCAAGAGACCUGCUAUUAAUAUAUCAUAUUAUGAGCAAUUUGCUUUUGUAAAAAAUCAUGUUUGAAACUUAAAUUUGAAAUCAAACGGCAACACGUUUGCUAAAUGUGUAGUUAAUGAUCCAAUAAAU